CUGAGCCCUCCCUGCCUCUCCCAGAGCCAGGUCCGUCGGUCCUCGGGAAAUGCUACUACCACGAUUGCAAUUGUCGCGCACGCCUUCGCCAGUCAGACUGCUCUACCACUGUUGGGCCCGGGUCCGAAGACGCAUCACCCAGAGUGGAAACAUGCAGCCAGGAGUGGCUCUGCAGGCUGUGCUGCUGGCGGUGCUGCUGGCGGGGCCACGGGGCGUGAAAAGUCGCCUUCUGAGCGCCUCGGAUUCGGACCCCAGAGGAGGGCAGCUGGUUUGCCGGGGAGGGACACAGAGGCCUUGUUAUAAAGUCAUUUAUCUCCAUGAUGCUUCUAGAAGACUGAACUUUGAGGAAGCCAAAGAAGCCUGCAGGAGGGAUGGGGGCCACCUAGUCAGCAUCGAAUCUGGAGAUGAGCAGAGAUUGAUAGAAAAGUUCAUUGAAAACCUCUCAGCAUCUGAUGGUGAUUUCUGGAUUGGACUCAGAAGGCAUGAAGAGAAGAGAAGCAACAGCACAGCCUGCCAAGACCUUUAUGCUUGGACUGAUGGCAGCAUGUCAAAAUUUAGGAACUGGUAUGUGGAUGAGCCUUCCUGUGGUAGUGAAGUCUGUGUAGUCAUGUACCAUCAGCCUUCAGCACCUGCUGGCAUUGGGGGCCCCUACAAGUUCCAGUGGAAUGAUGACCGAUGCAACAUGAAGAACAACUUUAUUUGCAAAUAUUUUGAUGAGAAACCAACAGCUCCUUCCACAAGACCUGGAGGUGAAAGAACAGAGCCAGCAACACCCACAAUUCCAGAGGAAACACAGAAAGAAGAUGCCAAAGAAACAUUUAAAGAAAGUAAAGAAGCUUCCUUGAAUCUUGCCUACAUCCUAAUCCCCAGCAUUCCCCUUCUCCUCCUCCUUGUGGUCACCACAGUCAUAUGUUGGGUUUGGAUCUACAGAAGGAGGACACGGGAACAGGCAGACCCUAGCAUAAAAGGAAAACACAACAUCUGGCCCUCUCCUCACCAAGAACACAGCCCAGACCUAGAGGUUUACAAUGUCAUAAGAAAACAAAGUGAAGCCGAUUUAGCUGAGCCCCGGCCAGACCUGAAGAACAUUUCAUUCCGGGUGUGUUCAGGAGAAGCCACUCCUGACAACAUGUCUUGUGACUAUGACAACAUAGCUGUGAACCCUUCAGAAAGCGGGUUUGUGACUAUGGCAAGUGUGGAAAGUGGAUUUGUAACCAAUGACAUUUAUGAGUUCUCCCCUGACCAAAUGGGGAGGAGCAAGGAAUGCAGAUGGGUAGAAAAUGAAAUAUAUGGUUACUAGGACACAUGAAAAAAAAAUUUGAACUGAUAAGAAUGGAAAAUAUAUAAGAAGAAAAUUCUCCUAUUUUCUAUAAAGGGAAGUACUCAGAAUGUCUAUGAAAAUGCUCAGAUCAGGUCCUGGGGGUGAGCAUGUGAUCCCCACUAACCCCUGUUGGGUUCCCAAGUUCUGGCUUUAUCCCUUGUCCCAGCCUCUUUCUCACCCAGCGGGACCUUAUGAAAAAGCACCUUGGGGGCUGGGAUUGUGGCUCAGUGAUAGAGCGCUUGCCUAGCAUGUGUGAGGCACUGGGUUUGAUUCUCAGCACCACAUAUAAACAAUUAAGUAAAAUAAUAAAAGUCCAUCAAUAACUAAUAAAAAUAUUUUUUAAAAAGCACCUUGGCACAUAGUGGUGUCCCAAUAAAUGUCAGUCGACUGUCAGUUAAAAAAACAGUACUUUAACUGACAAAGAUGGAGCUUGUAGCUGUAGAACAUGGGGAGCCCACCUCUAGGUUCUGUUUUUCUUGCUCUAUACAGCAGCACACAUAAUCACAAAGAGAUAGACUACAGCAUCUUUUCAAAGCCCAAGUAUAGUAGCCCCAGGCUGGCCUGCCCAUCAGCAAUUUUCAUAUCUUUUUUUUUUUUUCCUCAAAGAAUAAAAUCAAAUAAAAAGCAGGAAACAGAA